AUGUCUGCCGCCACUGCUUGCAUGCCCCUGGUCCCUCCUCCGUCCCCUCUCCAUGGAUCGGCGGCAAUGGCGGCCGUUGAGAGGCGGCAGCCCGGUGCCAUGGAGACCGCCAAGACCGGUUCCGAGGGAACGGUCGUCGGCUGCGUCAUCAAGAGCAGCCAUGGCAACGACGAGGACUGUGCUGGGGACGACGACGGCGACGCGAUGAUGAGCAGGCCGCGGGCGGUGGUCCAGACACUGACGUGCGAGCGGAAGCCCUUCUGUGAGGGCUUCGCGUUCUGGCGGAGCAUCGGCAGGCCUGAGCUUCCGGAACUGGAUCCUAUCUUGUCCUUCGACGAGUUCGAGUUUUCUGUGCCAGCUGGCUUCCCUGACCAUCCUCACAGAGGAUUUGAGAAUGUCACCUAUAUGCUCGAGGGCGGCAUCAGUUACCAUGACUUUUCAGGACACAAGGGAACCAUCAACACAGGAGACGUUCAGUGGCUGACGGCGGGGCGCGGCGUCGUGCACGCGGAGAUGCCCGCCGGCCAGGGCGUGCAGCGGGGCAUCAACAUCUGGAUCAACCUCUCCGCCGCCGACAAGAUGGUGGAGCCGAGGUACCAGGACCUGGCGAGCCACGACGUCCCCGCCGUCGUCACCGCUGACGGCGUCUCCGUCAAGGUCAUCGCGGGCGAGUGCCUCGGGACGCGGUCCCCGCUCCUGCCGCGCACCCCGGCGCUGUGCCUCGACGUCGCCCUGCGGGCCGGCGCGCGCCUGCGCCAGCCCGUCCCGCGCGGGUGGAGCGCGUGCGCGUACGUCAUCCACGGCGAGGCCGCCUUCGUCGGCAGCGGCAGUGACGGCGGCUCCACCGUCGCCGCCGCCGCGCGCACGCUCGUCGUGUUGGGUGGCGACGGCGACAGCGUGGAGGUGCGGGGCUGGGCCGAUGAUGCAGCGGGGCAGGGCCAGGGCGCCAGGGUCCUGCUGGUGGCGGCGCGGCCACACGGCGAGGCGGUGGUGCGGGACGGGCCCUUCGUCAUGAGCACCCGGGAGGAGGUGGAGCAGGCAAGGGAGGACUACCGCCGCCGCCGCAACGGCUUCGAGAUGGCCGACGGCUGGACCUCCGACCACGCAUCCACCGUUGCAAUGCGUUGA